AUGAUCCGGCGCGCCCUCGCCAUCCACACCCCCAUCCCAAAACCAAUGACAACACGACGAGCAAAAGCCGAAACCGCCAAUCCCCUCAUAAGCGGCAACAUCAGACCAACCUUCCAAGCCUUCAGCCAAGACGCCGCAGCCCCAAACUUCCACAGCCGCAUCCUCCCCGCCAUAAAACACGACCACCUCGAACUCGAAGCCCACAGCCGCAAACUUCUCAUCUCAACAGACCCAGACGAGCAAACCCGCUUCCAAAACCAAUUCACCUGGGAGCUAGCCCGCCACCUCGUCGGCGAGGAACUCGUCGUCUACCCGGCGCUGAUCGACUCCCUCCCAGACGGCCAAGGCAUCGUCGAUAAAAACAGACUCGAGCAUCAUGGCGUCAAGCACCAGCUGAAAGCGUUCCAGGAUAUUUCGUCUACGGACCCGCGCUUCGUGCCGACGCUGCAGGGCCUUAUGCGCGAUUUCGGUAUUCAUGCGAGACAUGAGGAGGAUGUGGAUCUGCCUAGGCUUGAGGAGUUGCUGAGUAAAGAGGAGAGUGUUGGGUUGACGAAGUCGCUGGAUCGGAUUAAGAUGUUUGUUCCGUCGAGGGCGCAUCCGAUGGCGCCUACGGAGCCGUUCUUCGAGAGUGCUGCUGCCCUUCUGGCGGCGCCGGUGGAUUUGUUGGCAGAUUUGUUUAGGAAGUGGCCUGAUGGGAAGUAG